AUGGGUACACAGUCGGCGAUGGAUGUCCUCGAUGCAAUCGAAGAUGAGGACGCAGUUGUGGAUAAAAUCUUUAUUGCUCCACCCGUGGUCAGUGUGGAGUCUGACGAAGACACGGGCGAGGAAGACUGCGGAGGAACGUUCAAUAAUCUCUCGGGACGGCAGUUUAGCGCUCCCGCCGUGGUGGUCCUCGCCGGCGGACGUGUGAUCGGAGAUGAUGAUGAUGGCGACACUGAGGAAGAAGAGGAGCCCCAACAGGCCUCCACCUCAAAGAAACGCUCGCAGAAAGAUGCGUUGGACUACAAUUGGACCAACAGUAAAACGCGCCUGACGAAAUUCCCGGACGCCAGGCCUCUCGCCGUCCCCACAAUUUUGGUUGGAAAGAGCGCAGUUCAGAAGCUGGACUUCUUCCUUUCUGAUGUAUAUCCUCACCUUGUUCGAGAGACCAUCAAGUAUGCGGCGGUGACUGACUCCAACUUCCAGCUCACCAUCGGAGAAUUGAAGCGCGUGGUGGGGAUCUUGCUGCUCUCGGGUUACCACCAGCUCCCCAGUCGCCGACACUACUGGAACACAGAUGAAGAUCUCCAUUGCGCCCUCGUCGCUGGGGCCAUGUCACGCAACAGGUUCGAGGAGAUCAUCCGCUACAUUCACUGCGCCGACAACGCGCACCUGAACCGCAGCGACCGGAUGACAAAGCUGCGUCCCAUGAUGGACCUCCUCAACGCUCGGUUCGGGGAGGCGUAUCCAAUGGACUGCAAUCUUGAUCUGGACGAGGCAAUGAUUGAAUACUUUGGAAGACACGGAUGCAAGCAAGCAAUCCGAAAAAAGCCGGUGCGGUUCGGCUUCAAGGCCUGGUGCCUGAACAGUGGGACCAACGGCUUCCUGCUCCACUUCGACAUCUACCAGGGGGCGAGUGUAGAUGCCUCUGAAGUGGAACGCAAGUUCGGCAAGGGCGGUGGCACGCUCCUUCGACUUCUGGACAACCUCCCCGAUGCUGUGCGUGCACUUCCGCUACGCAUCUACAUAGACAACUACUUCACCGGCCUCCCGCUAGUUGCAGAGCUGCGCAGGCGGGGCUACGCUUGCACGGGGACGAUCCGAGAAAACCGCAUCCCGCGCUCUUGCCCGAUCACAGAUCAGAAGGCUAUGAAGAGGAAGCCGCGUGGUGCCGUGUCUGUCGUGUACGACACGGCAAACAAGAUUGCGCUCACUCGGUGGAAGGAUAACGCCGUGGUCACCAUCGCCUCCACCCUCGCCGCUGAGCAUCCUCUGCAGAAGGUGUCACGCUGGUCAAGGAAGGAGAAGAAGAAGGUGGCAGUGGACUAG